AUGGCCAUGAUGUGGAAACGCAGCCUUAUACGGAUGGGCAAUCAAACUCUUCGGUUCCAGCGGUGGCGUUCGGAUUUUGAUGUUAACACAAAGCACCAGUCUCGUAAACUAGUAUGGGUGAGAUUCCCAGAUCUACCAUACGAAUACUGGCACCCAAACAUUCUCUUUUCGCUGGCAAAGGCGCUGGGUAACCCAAUAGUCCUAGAUCGGAGAACCAAGGAAAUUUCAAUGGGGUUCUUUGCGAGAGUACUGGUGGACAUGGAGAUUACAGAUUCAAGACUAUCUGAGAUCUUGGUUGAACGGCAGCAUGUAGGCUCCUCUGAAUAUUUCAGGUUCAAGCAGUCAGCUCUCUAUGAGGACGGCAUGACUCAUUGUGGUUUUUACCGGCGUGUGGGUCAUUCCAUAAAAUCUUGCAAGGAUAGAAUGAAGGCAGAUGCAAUCCUUCCUCAGGUAAGGCAAGAAUGGCACCUCAAGGUCAGAUCUAAUCAACCAAAAGAAGGUGAGACUCACGGUGGAAGUGGUGAAGAGGUUGCAGCGGCAGGUGGUGAUGCAGCUGCGAUAAGGGCUGCUAGAGAGGAUGCUGUGGCGGAGAACACUAUCCUUGCUAGUGUGAACUCAGUUAUACAAAUGCACAAUUUGUCUCAUUCUGCCAAUGGCGGAGGUAUGGAGAACUCACCGGAUUUCUCGAGGGUGCCGGAAUCUUGA